AUGGCGCCUUUGAAAUCCCUCGUGGCGUUGCUCAGUGCCAAUGUGCUGCCUUCAGUAUUGGCCGAGCUCGUUAAAUUCGAGGUGGAUCUGACGUGGGCGAAGGGCUCUCCAGAUGGCAACCUUCGAGAUAUGAUUUUUGUGAAUGACCAAUUUCCAGCCCCUCCGUUGAUACUGAACCAGUAUGAUGACGUUGAGUUCACGGUGAAUAAUCAGAUGCCUUUCAAUGCCACCAUUCAUUUUCAUGGGAUAGAGCAACUGAACACCCCGUGGUCAGAUGGCGUUCCUGGCUUGACGCAGAAACCUAUUUUACCUGGAGGCACAUUUACCCACCGAUGGACCGCCACGGAAUAUGGCACAUAUUGGUAUCAUGCCCACGCCCGGUCCCUGAUGGCGGACGGUCUCUACGGAGCUAUUUGGAUUAACCCCGCUCCUGAGAUCCCACAGCCGUUUCACUUGAUAUCCGAUGACGAAAAGGAUAUUGAAGCCAUGCGCAAAGCCGAGAAUGACCCUAAGUUCGUCAUAUUAUCGGACUGGUCACAUUAUACUUCGGAGGAGUACCAAAAGAUUAUGGAGGAGAGUGGGGUAGAUCUUUUCUGCGUUGACAGUAUUCUGAUUAACGGGCGAGGGCGCGUGAUUUGUCCUGGAGCUGAUUUUAUCAACAGCCUUCAAACGAGCUACUUGAAGGCUUCUAUUGAUAAUCUGCCGCUGACAGAUAGAGGAUGCUAUCCCAAAAUCUACAAGACCCAAGGAAGCUUCCCUCGAAACGACUCACUGGUCCCACCCGGGCUAGAGUCAGGCUGCGUCGCCACAGCCGGGAGUCAUGAAGUAAUUGAAGUUGAUCCAAAUGACGGAUGGGUCAGUAUGAAAUUCAUUAGUGCUGCAUGGCUGAAAGCUUUUAUCGCAUCUAUCGACGAGCACCCUAUGUGGAUUUAUGAGGUUGACGGCCAUUAUAUUGAGCCUCAACUCGCACACACUAUGGUGAUGUACAAUGGCGAGCGCUAUUCUGCGAUGGUCAAACUAGACAAGACGCCGAAAGACUAUACGAUUAGGAUUCCCGACACAAAUGCGGAUCAAAUCAUCGCGGGCUUUGCCACCCUGAGAUACAAGGGCGGUGAUCACGUCGAAGAUUCCGAGCCCUAUGUUAAUUAUGGCGGAUUAAACACUACCGCUGACGUGAUCCCCUUGAAUGAGAGUCUCUUCGUACCGUAUCCUAGCAUCCAGCUUCCGACGGCUGCCGACCAGAUGAUCAACCUCACCUUUGGUCGGCGAGAGUCGGCGUAUCAGUGGACACUGGAAGGGAAGCAGCUGUAUGACGUUAUGGCCAACUACGACGAUCCGAUCCUAUACAACCUGACCGCGAAGGAGAACUUAGCCGACAAAGUUACCGUUCAAACUCAGAAUGGCACCUGGGUUGAUGUUUUACUUCAGGUUGGUAUAAUGCCGGACACCCCACCUAUUCAGGCGCCCCAUAUCAUUCACAAGCACUCGAACAAAGCCUUCAUCGUCGGGGAAGGCGAUGGGUUCUUCAACUGGACGAGCGUUGCCGAGGCAGCCACGGAAAGGCCGGAGCUCUUCGAAUUUGAGCGACCGCGGUUGCGAGAUACUUUUAUGGUACUGGGUCUUCUCGGUCCAAGGUGGAUGGUCAUUCGGUACCAAGUGAUUAACCCAGGUCCUUUCCUCAUCCAUUGCCAUAUUGAAACACAUCUAGCCAAUGGUAUGGGGGUCGCUUUACUUGAUGGCGUCGACGCAUGGCCGGAGGUUCCACCGGAAUAUGCUCUUUGA